AUGGACAUUGACUCUGAUCAGCAUGACAGAAGCGUUCCAGAAAAUAACUCAUCAAACCCCCAAUCUGGGAAUGCGCAAGAAAAUUCAGCCCAUGAAUCCUAUUCAACGCCAGAAACAGUUAGUGAAAUGAAUCAAAAUAUUACUGGAGAAGACCGGGAAUUGCAUGCUGGUGCCCGUAAAAAAGAAAUACCGGAAGAUGGAGAACCAAAAGUGAGAUCAAAGUUACUGUUCGGCGAGGAAACCACAGUUGAAGGUCUGCAGAACCUCCAAGGGGCCGGGACUCCAGAUUGCAACAUCCAAUUGGACCGUAAUCUGCAAAAGCUGGCAGCUAGAGGCGCUGGUCUACGAUCUGAGUUUCAUGAACAAGAAAAUGAAAUCCCAUUAGCGGCUAAUACCCAGUGCUCGACCAAGGUGCCUAAUCCCUCAAGUUUACAUCCAGGUAGCCCAAAGCUUUGCAUCGCACAGCCCAAUUCUACAGUCAAAUCAACCAAACUAACAACUAACCAAGUUGCUAGUAGUAAUCAAUCCCAGGAUAUUACCGAUGAUAUUGAUAAAUUCCUAAAUGAGUUACGUAUGAAUGACUCCUCGGCUCAGAAAAUUCUGAAGGAGUUUGAGGAAAUAGAAGCAUCAACGCUAAGAAGUAAGCCUAUUUUCUUAUUGACAUCUCUUGCCGGGGGUGGCUUCCAGAUGCCAUCGCGUACGAACAACCUAGCCAACAUAUUGUCGGCAAAUAAGAUUGAAUUCCAAUACCGUGACUGUGGAACUGAUGAAGAAGCUAGAAACUGGUGGAAGAAACAAUCUAAAGGUCGUACAUUGCCUGGAAUUGUCGUCGGAAAUUCUGUUGUUGGCAAUUGGCAAGAGAUAAUAGAUGCGAACGAAAGUUGUAAAGUUCGCCAGGUCUGCGGGCUGCAGUACCUCUAG